UGCAAGUGAGUAAAAUCUGUUUUUAUUAGAGCGUGUUUUUUCUCUCAACUUUUCUUCUUCUUCUUCUUCUCAAUAAUAAAGCAAAAAAACCUGUUUUCGGAACAGUGCGAGACCGUACGUGCAUCAAUUCGGAUUCUGGUUGUGGAUUGUUUUCACUUUGUAACCAUACAAAUUUAUGUCGUUUUCCUGUUUGUUGACACUCAGAUUCUCUCUCACUGCUCCUCCAUCAAGUGGGUCAUGUCAAAGUUAAUCUUUUCUUCCGCUUUCAUUCUGUUUCCCCUGUUUUUGUCUUCCUUAAUCUCUUUAGUAAGUUUCCUUCGAAAUUUCGGUUUUUGGAGGGACAUAGGACUUGCGCUGUGAUUUUCAGGUCAAUGGGUCAAAUGGGUUUCUUCCAAGUUCCUUUAUUUCCCUGAAUUCUCGUUUUCUUCUUCUUCGGUCUGUCUCAGAAAACGUACCAGAGAGAGCAUAAAGAGAGUGUUGUUAUUGUUGAUGGAUACUAAGAAGUCAACCAAGGAUACUAAUGGUUGCGUCAACAAGCCUAUGGCUCUGACUAUGACUCUGACUGUGGCUUCUUUAGAGGGUAGAAAGGUUGAAGAUCGCAAUAAAGAAGAUGAUAGUGAUUCCAAUUCUUUGUUGCCACUGAGAAAAGGAGGAAUUUCACGGAAAUCGGAUAAGACUUAUAGGAAAAGGAAAGUGCAGUGGAACGAUAGGAUAGGAAACAAGCUUGUUGAGGUUUUGGAAUAUGAGCCAAGUGAUGUUAGUGACUCAGAGGAUGAGGAUGACGGUGGGGAUCCUUGUAUCUGUUCAAUAAUGUAGAGAUCAUCUUGAUAAGCCAUGUCAAACUUUCUGCUGGACUAAUCCUUGGGGGCUGUGCAACCUGAGUUUGAAGUAAAUUUAAUGACUUGGAACUAACUCUCCAAUAACCAAGAUAAGCAAGCAGCUCCUUGUGUUGGCCAAUAUUUGGAUCCAGUUUAUCUUACUGGAUUUUUUGACAUGAUUUCUUAGGUGGACUUUUGUGAGUUCUCUGGCAGAUCAAAGAACACACAUUGCUUCCAACAAUAUGAUUUGGAAAGUAUUGAUAGUAACACAACUUCCUUGUAGAUUAAGUAAAUAAACAUUUUCAUGCUUAGUCACAGGUACUGUUUCUCUAAGAAUUAUGCCGUAUGCACUCAUUAUAUGGAAUAAAUUUUCAUGAUUCUAGUAUUUAUUCCCGAGUAAUCUGC